CCUUCCAGAGUGCUCGCAAGAAUCAUCCUUCCGAGAUGGAUUCGUUAAACGAGCACCCACCAUCCGACCAGGUCCAGCUCCUGCUGGCCAAGGUCAUCCAGACUGCCCUCUCAGACAACAACGUUGGACAUAUCACCCCCACAUCAACCGGAUUCGCACCUCGCACCGCCAGCAUGGCGGCCACCAUCCCUGUGCCGGCCGGUGGUGUCGACUCCAAAAAGGCUCUGCCAUCAAAGCCGAUUGCCAAGACACCCAGCCACCCAGACACAGCCCACCACGACACUCUGCCGCCAUACGCUCCGCCGCCUCAGUUCCCUCCCCGGAAGGACUCGGAGCUUGCCCGACCCGAAUCUGCUCGGAUCUCGACCACGCCUUCUGUACCGUCGACGAUGUUACCUCCAACUCCAAAGUCCGCCAACUCCGCCAUUCCCCAUGCAUCCGACAAGAAGGAAAAGACCAUCGCUGAGCUCUUUCAUCAGCUGGAUAUGCUUUUGCCCGAGCUCCUCGAUGGCAACGACGUGACUGAAGUUCGUGCUCAGCAGCAACUUCCAGCCACUCCGUCCGUUCACACUCUCGAUCACAUCUCACACCACCCCGCUCUUCCCAGCCUGUCACGAGUCAUCGAUACGUCUGCUCCUCCGCCACGAGCCAACAGCCUCGCCAAUCUGCAAACGGCAGUGCCCCCGCGCACCCAGAGCCGCCCGGGGCUGGUUCUCACCUCACCUUCCAUUUCCCUCGCUCCUGCCGACUCACCGCUGUCACCCGUCGAAGUAUCCACCCCGCUGUCGCCUCGCGGUUUCCCGCCCCAGUCUCUGGCACCUCUGCCUACACCUGCACCCGCAAUCUCUGCUGCAGCUGCAGCCCUGCGCUUUCCGCCUCGCACCAACUCGGCCAUGUAUGCGUCCCCGAUCCCGAUCCCGAAUCCAAGUUCUGGCCAUUCUGCAACUUUGGCCUCGCUGCACCCCGGACCCCAUGCUUUCCGGCCAGCAUCUCCAUCAGCCCGAAUACAGAUUCCCCUGCGUCGUGACUCGCAAGCCCAAGGUCUUACACAGCCCUGGAGCCCGGCCGCAGAGUCCUUCACGAUCCCCAAGCCACCAGACUUUCCGCCUCCGGCUCCGCUGAGGCUCGCCAACCAAGCCCCUGCGCCUGCCGAGAACGAGUUUGGUGUGUGGUCGUCGUCGUCAGAUGCAUCGCCAAAACUUGGAGACGCCCCGUCAGAGCCUCAUACUUUGUCUCGAGACUGGUCAUCGCCCCUAGUUUCGCCCUCUGUGUCUCAACAGCAACCGCAUCCAGAAGCCGCCCAGCCCCAACCGCCCCUCCCCUCCUCCACACAACACCUGUCUACACCUGCCCCGUCCGAGCCCACCCAGCUCCACUCGAUCCCGUCUGCCCCUCCGAAGCGGACAGUUCCGAUUCCACCGAGUCUGGUCAUCACUUCCGCUGGCCCCCGCGGCCCGGCCUCGUUGACGUCUCCUGUCCGCUCUCCGUUUCCACUUGUACGCGGCGAGUCGACCUCACUUGCCGCCCAAGAGCUGGUCCGCAAGAUCGAGUCAACUCGGACGAACGCCGCUGCUCGCCCUUUCUCGCUGACCGUCAUCAACUCUGGAGACUACGCCGAGUCCGUGUCGGAUCACCAUGCUUCCUCGGCUGGCCCCGUAGCCGCUCCUGAGCCUCCGAGUCCGACGACAAAAGUCAACGUCCUUGGCGGAUCUCCUGUUGUGAUCCUGGGCACGAUCGAGGCUGACCACCCAGCACAAUCGAGCGACCCCAAACCCACGCCACCGUCCGUGUCCACCUCGAGCCAUGACGCCCCAAAGAGCCAGAGCUCUCACCCUCAGCCUCAGCCUCACCCUCAGCCUCAGUCUCAGCCUCGCGGAGCAGCAGCCUACCCGGUCAUCGAUGAGAUCCACUAUCGCGACCCUGACUCCCACUCGGACCUGUCCCCAUCGGCAGAAGAGUUCUUCAACCACCUCCUCACCCCUGGAUCGCCAACGCACAACUCGCUCACAUCUCCAGUCAAGUUGCAUCCUGAUGCCCCGCACAUCCUCGCCGCCAAGGCCUCCCUCGAGUGUACCGCUGGUGGCACAACCUCAUCGCCCGCCAUCACCCUGUCUUCAACUGCAUCGCCGCAAGUCCAGCCCCCGAUUGCAUCGUCUCCUGUCGCCCAAGUCAAUGUCAGCCUGGGGCCACUCCUGACCCCUCUCCGCCCCUCCAAGAGCCACGCCCCGACUCAAGGCCAUAACUCCAGCCCCGGCCCCAGUCAGAGUCAUAUGCUCAGUCACGCCUCUCCCUCGAACUAUAUUCAUCCCCACAACAAGCUCCGCAAGCCCCUGCCGUUCGCCUCAAAUGUGCUCAUCCCCUCGCGCACCAACUCGCUCCCUGUCUCGAGCAACCAAUCGACACCUGUUGCCUCGCUUAUCCAUGCGGAGCACUCGUCCUCUGCUCUCGCCACCGCACAGCCCAUCGAGUUUGAGUAUUCCGACCAGCCCUUUGACGCAAAGCACUACGAAGCACUCGGCUAUCAGAUCAAGUACAUGGAGUACGAAAAAGAGCAAGCCAUCCAGAGAUGGGUUGACUCGAUCGAACCGUGAUCAUCAGCGAACAAGCCUGCUUGAUCUCUCUCAUGGACGGCAAGGACGUUCCUGUCGCCAAGGAGAGAAU